UGUCCAUCUGUAGCCGCUCCUCUAGACAGUAUCCAGAAUCUUGCUGCUUACUACAUGGAGUGCGUGAGGCAGGUGCAGCCAGAGGGGCCGUAUCGCUUCGCUGGCUACUCGUUCGGUGCUUGUGUGGCUUUUGAGAUGUGCUCACAGCUGCAGGCAGCCAAAUGCCCUGUGGAAUACCUCUUCCUGUUUGACGGCUCACACUCUUAUGUGGCAGCUUAUACACAGAGUUACAGAGCCAAACUGACCCCUGGCAAAGAGUCCGAGGCAGAGACUGAAGCUCUGUGUGCUUUUAUCCAACAGUUCACU